AACCUUGCACCGGAUGUUUGACUUAUCACGCUUUCAGAAUUGACGCUCAACUGCUUGACCGGAAACUAAACAAGGAAUUCGGAUUAAAACGAUUUUACGUGUCAUUCUCAGAGUCUCAAACCUCCUGGACACUUUUGGUGAACACAAUCCCAGCUGGUUGCUGUGCGUUGAUGAGCUGUGGUCACCUUGGUAGCUGUUGCUAACGGCAGAAGCAUGAAGGCUUUGAUCCUGGUCGGAGGUUACGGGACGCGACUGAGACCGCUCACCCUCAGCGUCCCAAAACCUCUGGUGGACUUCUGCAACAAACCAAUCCUGCUGCACCAGCUGGAGGCAUUGGUGAAGGCGGGGGUGGACCAUGUGAUUCUGGCGGUGAGCUACAUGUCGGAGCUGCUGGAGAGAGAGAUGAGAGUCCAGGAGGAGAGACUUGGGAUUCGUAUCUCUCUGUCUCAUGAGAAGGAGCCUCUGGGCACAGCCGGCCCCCUGGCGUUGGCUCGAGAGCUUCUGAACAUCGACAACGAGCCGUUCUUCGUCCUGAACUCAGACGUUAUCUGUGACUUUCCGUUCAAAGACCUGCUGCAGUUCCACAGCAACCACGGCAAGGAGGGGACCAUCGUGGUGACGCGGGUGGAGGAGCCCUCUAAGUACGGCGUGGUGGUGUUUGAGGCGGACAGCGGCAGGAUACACCGCUUUGUGGAGAAACCACAGGUCUUCGUCUCCAACAAGAUCAACGCUGGCAUCUACAUCUUCAAUCCCAUCAUGCUCAGCAGGAUCCAGCUAAGACCAACAUCUAUAGAGAAAGAGAUAUUUCCUGUCAUGGCAGAGGAGGGGCAGCUGUACACGAUGGAGCUACAAGGUUUCUGGAUGGACAUCGGUCAGCCUAAAGACUUCCUCACAGGGAUGUGUAUGUACCUUCAGUCGCUACGGCAACAAGCUCCUGAGAGGCUACGCACGGGUCCCGGUUUCCUUGGCAACGUUCUUGUGGACCCCACAGCGCAGAUCGGGGAGAACUGCACCAUCGGGCCGAACGUCACCAUCGGUGCGGGGGUGGUGGUGGAGGACGGCGUGAGGAUAAAGCGCUGCACGGUGAUGAAGGGGGCGCGGGUCCGAUCUCACUCCUGGCUGGAGAGCUGCAUCGUUGGGUGGAGCUCCUCUGUGGGCCAGUGGGUUCGUAUGGAGAACGUGACGGUGCUGGGGGAGGAUGUGAUCGUGAACGACGAGCUUUACCUGAACGGUGCCAACGUGCUGCCUCACAAAUCCAUCAACGAGUCGGUCCCAGAGCCGCGGAUCAUCAUGUAGCGGCAGGAGGAAGGGAAGACCAGCGCCUCUCUUUUUAUACGAACUCGACUGACACCCAAACUGUGCCAGAGAGAAGGACGAGGGUGGAGGAAAGAAGAAGAAAGAGGAGGCAAAGGGGAAGAAGGUGUUUUUUCCCCCCCGUUCUGUUUAUAAUUUGGACUAUUUUUAGCCCUGCUUGGCUGCACCGUCCAUCAAUAAGAAACAAUGGCGUACGCACGAUCUUGGACGAUAAUGUCCUGAAUGUUGCCGAGGUUAAAGGUCUUGCGUGAGCACUGCUAUAGAGAGCGGGAAAUUCACACCAAACGCAGAGCGACAUUUCAGUGGUCUGUUUAUUACAAUGGUACGAACCCAAAAUAAAAUAUAUUUACUUAUGGCUAAACUGCAAUAAAAAGAUCCAAAGGUUACUGAAGUAAUUCGAUCAUGACGCCGAACAAAUCCACUCAAAUCUUGUCUCUGCAUUAUAUUUGUAAGCAAUCGAACCACAGGAAACAUUAGCUCUGCGUUUGAUGUGGACGCUCCAUUAGAGUUAUGGGGCUGAUAUGUUUCUGUCAGAAGGUGGAGGGACUACUGUGAAGUGUAUUCGGGGGGGGGGGGGUUAGUGAGCGAUAUGAACAUUGCUGUUUUAGAUUCACUCUGCAUUAACAUGUCCUGGGUGAACAGGCAAUGAAGGAUCACACUAAAUGUGUCUCUGCUGUUGCAGCGACUGGAAUCCUAACUGACAUUGAGAUUUCUAAAUGCAGUAUAAGUUAUAGUUGAUCAAUUAUUAUAGUCUUUUUUUAAACUGGGUUAUAUGAGGUACCGAUCCAUAGUCAGUGUAACACCUACAGUACAUGGCAGUAGCAGUUUGGAGAAACAAACACAACAGAGGAAAAAACAAGAGGCCUUCUUAAAUAAAAUCUAUAUCAGUUUUAAGUGAA